AUGAAAGGAGUAGUUUUCUUGACAAAAUAUAAGCCAUAUAGUACCAUGUGGUCUGAAGAGGAGACAUGGAAGGGACAAUUGGGAUGCUAUGUUAAGGGAUCCAAGAUUGCACUUCUCAUCAUGGAGGGUGGAAGGGACUUAGCUGAGCGGUGGGAAGAGGAACAGUCAAAACUUUUGAGUGGCAUAUGCGUUCCUCAAUUCAAGUACUCGAUAGCACAAGGCAGUUCUUUGGACUACCACUACUUUUUGGGUCCAAAAACAGGAAUCUGGAAAUAA